UCUAUACUGGAAAUCUGUUAUGUUUCAGUCACACUCCCCAGGUAUCUCAUCAGCCUUUGGACUCAGGAUAAGAGCAUCUCCUUACUGAGCUGUGCCACCCAAUUGUGCUUCUUCCUUAUACUGGGCACCACAGAAAGUUUCCUCCUGGCUGUGAUGUCUUAUGACCGCUAUGUAGCCAUCUGCAACCCUCUGCACUAUCCUGUAGUCAUGAACCCAAAGAAAUGCCAUCAACUGGCCAUUGGCUCCUGGCUCGGGGGAAUGCCAGUAGAGAUAGGACAAACAUGGCAGAUAUUCUCUCUGCAUUUCUGUCAUUCUAACCAAAUCAACCACUUCUUCUGUGACAUACCCCCCAUUUUCAAGCUAGCCUGUGGGGACACCUCAGUGCACGAAGUGUCUGUCUAUGUAGUAGUGAUAUUGGUUGGGGCAGUACCUUGUAUUUUGAUACUUGUCUCUUAUAGCAAGAUCAUUGCCACCAUUCUGAGGUUGCCAACAGCCCAAGGACGCACUAAGGCAUUCUCCACUUGCUCCUCCCACCUGCUGGUUGUGGUUUUAUUUUUUGGAUCAGCUUCCAUUACCUACUUCAGGCCCAAAUCCAGCCAUUCUGCAGGAACUGACAAACUUAUCUCUCUUUUCUACACCAUAGUGACUCCUAUGUUCAAUCCUGUGAUAUACACUCUCAGGAACCAGGACGUGAUUGCUGCACUCAGAAGAUUAUUUCUUAAAGCAUAG